GUCGAUCCAGUAUUACUUCUGUGGCAAACGUCAAAGUUGAAACAGUCACUCUGAGUUUCUAGUUUUUGAAGGAAAAGUGACGUUUUAAAAAUUGUUCUGUUUUAAGAAAACAUUUUGUUUACUAUAUUACAUUUUACAGUGACGUUGUGAGAUUAUAGCUACAAUUAUUCGCAACAUCGUUACCGUUCUUAUUCGUGUUCAUGCAAUGUUAGUUGGUUUCUGCCUUACGAAGCAGUACGUUAUUUUUUUAGUGGUCACCACAUCAAUGUUGUGAUUAUUUUCACAUCUGAUUAAUUGUAUCGUAGUCGAGUAAAGAAAAAUACUCGAAUAAAUCAUGUUUUGGGCAAAUAAUUAUGUGUCAUCACCUCAUAUUGAGGCACUGCUUAACAAAGAGAAUGUAUCAUUGUAUGAUUUAAUGGAUCAAGAAGAUAUUUUACAAGAAUGCAAAAGCCAAAAUAAAAAGCUUGUUGAGUAUUUGACAAGAUCUGAUGUAAUGGAAGAGUUAGUAACUCUUACAACUGAAGAACCACCAGCAGAGAUAGAAGAACGUUGGCGCUAUAAGCAUCCAAAUAUAGCUUGUGAAUUACUAACUUGUGAUGUACCAACUUUAAACGAGAAACUAGCAGAUGAUGACACGCUUUUGGCAAAGCUUUAUUCCUUUAUUGAUACAGAUCAACCUCUAAAUCCUUUAUUGGCAUCAUUUUUUAGUAAAACCAUCGGAGUACUUGUUGCUCGUAAAACUGAUCAGAACUGGUAUUCGUAUCAGUACACUUGUUUGAAGGUUUUAGAUUUUUUGAAAAGUCGUCAAACAUGUGUUGAUUUACUUUUACACCACUUAGAAACCUCUGCAAUUAUGGAUUUAGUACUGAAACUUGUUACUCAACUGGAAGAUACUGAUAUGCGGCAAAAUAUAUUAAAUUGGUUACAUAGUCAACAAUUAGUACAAAGAUUGGUAAAGUUAUUAUCCUCAAAUUCUGAGUCAAGUAAACAUGCAAAUGCUGCACAAUUACUUUGUGAUAUGAUAACUGUUUCAAGAGAACAUCAACGUACAUCUACAAAACGCACCGAUCCAGACCCUAUCUUAAAUACUCUCGAAUCGGCAGAUACAGUAAGUCUGUUGCUAGAGACUAUUUUAACUGGAGAGAAACUAGAAAGUAGUAUUGUUGGAGGAAUUCAAGUACUCCUCACACUUUUAGGCCAAAAAGCUAACAAUGCAAUAAAUGAGGGUGACAUUCAUGGUAAUAGUUAUGGAGAUGAAGUUACAGAUGAACAGUGUCUGAGAAUUUCUAAUGCAACCCUGCCUUAUUUAGAACAACUUCAUAAACUUUUAUUAGAUCCUCCUUAUAAACCUCCUGUCAAAACAACUGCUGGGGUGUUAGAAUGUCCAUUAGGUAAUACACGUUUACAUGUUGCAAAAUUAUUUACAACACUCAUGACAACUGAUAAUGUAAAAAUAUAUGAGUCUUUAGUAGAAUUAGGAACAUUCCAAACAUUAUUGGAUUUAUUUUUUAAAUAUACAUGGAACAAUUUUCUACAUACUCAAGUACAACUGUGCCUGGCUUUAGCUAUUAAUUGUGAUUUUAAGGAUACAAAUAACAUUGUUUAUAAUAAUAUAUUUGUCAAAUGCAGAUUAAUAGAUCGAAUAUUAGAAGCAUGGGACAAAAAUGAUAGUAAACAAAGUGCGGAAAAUGGAAUUAGACAAGGAUACAUGGGCCAUUUAAUAAACAUUGCAAAUAACAUUGUUAAUCAACGUGAAGACAGUGAAAGUUUAGAUAAAUUUUUGAAAGAUAAUUUAUCAUCAGAAUGUCUUGAUAAAUGGGAUGAUCUUGUAAAUGCAAAAUUGUCAAAAAUUAAUAAGACUCAUCAAAUCUUUUUGGAUGAGAUGGCUCAACCAUUUAUGACAAAGUCUAGUGAAAAUCCCGAUGAAUACAGCUCUUAUUCACAAGAAGAAUUUCUUCAAGUUCAACGAGUUGAACAAUUUUAUACCAAUUAUGUGGGACAACAUAUGACAUCGCAGUUCAUUGAAAAUUUUGGAUUUCACGAUGAUCAAUUUAAUGACGGCGAUGACGCCCUUCAUAACUCGGUUGUCCAAUUAACAACAUUGGCCUUUACUCUCAGUGAGGAAGAUCUCGACAAAAGGGAAGACAUGUUCAAUAAGAUAUGUCAGCAAAAACAAAAGGCAGGCUUGGAGGACUGUAGUACAGGAGUAGAGUGGGGUGAUGAAGGAGAACUUACUUUUCAAACUGUGGUGGACAAACGAGACUGGCCAACAAAGCAACAGCAUAAUGAUUCUAAUUCGUCCGAUGAAGAUGAGGAAGAUCCAGAUCAUAUGCAUAUGGAAAUUGAUUUGACUAAAUUUUGGGGUCCAACUGAACCACCAUCUACUGGUACUGCACUUCCCGAAGUGAAUCCAUGGGAUGUUGCACCAUCAGAACCAGUUGAAUCUACGGGAUGGGCAAAUUUUGAUAAUUUUGAAAAUACUGUCAGCAUGGAAAAUACUGUGAUAGUAGAUAAUAAAGUAUGUGAUGAAAGCAAAGAAAGAACACAGGAUAUAACAAUGGAUCAAAAUAAAAUUGAAACUAUAUCUGGAAAUGAAAUAGCAGUAGAAGCUAUUAGUACAAAUGAUAUAAAGAUUGAAGAUUCUAAUGAUAGUACUACAUCGCGUAUACAAACGAAUAUAAAUCAUCAAAAUACUGAGGAUAAUCUAUAUUCUGAGUGUACUGCUGAUAAAAAUGCAAAUCCAAGCGAAAAUGUAGAUAGCAGUGAAAAUAAAGGUGAAGAUAAUGUAAAGCCUACCGAACUUGUGUCAGCUACGAUGCAGAAUGAAAAAUCUUCGAACGAUCACAGAGUUACCUGUAGUGUAAAAAAUGCGUCAUCGGAAGCUGUGUUACCACCAACAGAUGCCAAAUGAAAAAUUGUUUCUUGAGUAUGAUAUUGCAAUAGAAUAAAAAAAAAUCAUAUCAGUAUAAAUUUGUACGAAUGAUCAGAAUACAUAUAUAUAAUUACGUCCCUAUAUUUUCAUUAGAUCACAUCAAUUGUGCUUCAUUGCGUUGGCGUCUAGGUAACAGUUUACAGCAGGGUACAAAUACGGAAUGAAAAGUAAAAGACUAACCGACGCUCAACUACGAUUAGUAUAUUAUUUGAAGUAUAUGCGCAUGUUCCCAGAUUGCCAACAUUUUGAUUAUAUAUACAUAUAUGUGAAAUUACAAUUUUCCAAACUUCUCGAUGAAUAUUGUUAUCGAAGAGAUUCUUUAGAUUGUUAUUUAUACAUAUGUAAUGAACAUGAAACGUAAUUGCAAAUGUAAAUCAAUUACAAUCGCAGAUUCUUUAUGUUGUGGAUUUGAUAUAUUGCAUGAUGAGGUAGACAGAGUACAAUUUGUACAUAAAUGGAAUAUCCAUAAACUCCAAGACAGAUCAACUUUCACUCGAUUGCUCGAUACCUGGUCUCUCAAAAAUAUUAUGUACCGAUGUGUGUGUAUAUGUACAUUCUAAUACAUGUACACAUGUAUUGUAACGUUUUAUAUAAUAUUGAUACAAGGCUCCGUAAAGAAACAUCGCCGUGAAUAACAUUUCAUAAAGAACUGGUGCUUUUGCUUCUUCGUUCGAUAAGGCAAAGGUACUUAUGUGCAGUGCCUAUUAUUUCGUUAAAUGUAUGCUCGUGCAACGAUGCAAUACAAACAAGAAAGGAAAUUAUGUAUUUUUAUUACGUUAAUGGUAAUAAUUCAGCCAAUGUAUACACAUGUAAUGUAACUAAAGUAUUUCAACAAUGAAUUUAUCAUUAUUUGCAUUCCAGUAAAAGAAAUUCUAUAUAAA